CCCUGGGACUUGGACGCGCGCGGAUCGGCAGAGCGGGCGCGGCUUGGCGGAAGGCGGGCCCGUCCAGACAGUAAACAACACAGGUGUGCGCGAGGCGGCGGACACACGACGGAGGGGCGCGCGCAGAAGGCCUCCGCUGCCCGUAGCGGGAAGCCGUGAUCCAGCCAUGCGCGAUAUGGCGGGCAAAAUGGCCGAGCUCAAGUUCGAAGCUCCGCUGGCACAGUUCGAGGAGAGCGAAGAGUGGCCCCAAACCACUGGCACGACGGCCCUGUCGGACAACACGAGGCCGGGGGCCGAUCCUGCGCCGGACGACAACUUCAACCCGGCCACCAAUGGCGAGGGUGGCGGGACCACCACCCCUCCUGGAGAACAGCUGGACAACGACGCGGCCAACAAGCAGUUCCAGGAGCUGCAGCAGCAACAACAGACGACGACCACCACCAUCACGGCGGACCCAGCCAGCGUGUCCAGUGACACUUUCAACGAGAUGUUCUCCGGGUCACUGGAGGACCUCGUCAACACGUUCGACGAGAAGAUCACUCGCUGCUUUUGCAACUACGACGAGAGCGUCGAAAAGCUAGCCCCAGUGCAAGUUCGCAGCCAGGAAGAGAUCAUGAACGAGUGCCAGAUGUGGUGGACGAUCACAGGGAACUUCGGGAACAUACUGCCCAUCGACUGGUCCAAGUCUUACGCCCGCAAGCUGCACAUGCCCACACUCAACUUGAACGAGAACAAUAAGGACAAGCUGUCCCCUGACGAGGACCCCCUGGACCUGAGCUCGGAGGACGAGGCGGUGGCCAGCGACCUGGACAUGCACGCGCUCAUCCUGUCGGGCCUCAACGCCGACAAGGAGCCCAUCAAGACCGCCGACGAGGUCAUCCGCGAGAUCGACGACAUGAUGCAGGAGACGCCAUCCACCGAAUGCUCGCCUGAUUCAGACUCAUUCCUCGACUCCACCGACGCCCUCGACUCGCGAAGCAAGGAAGUGUUGCAGUCACCUCUCUACGAGGACAAACUGAAGACGCUCGGGCUGUCGCAGCUGAACGAGCUGUACCUCGAACUGGAGGUGCUGAUCCGCGAGUUCUCGGAGACGCUGAUCGCCGAGCUGGCGCUGCGCGACGAGCUGGAGUACGAGAAGGAGCUGAAGAACACGUUCAUCUCGCUGCUGCUCGCCGUGCAGAACCGCCGGCGCCAGUACCACGUGGAGCGCAAGCGCGGCAGUCGCAACGGCACCACCCGCACGCCCAACGGGCUCGACCCUAAGUACCUGACAACAGUCAUCCCAUAUCACUUAGGCAGUGGACCUCCAGACAAUCAAGCUCUACAAGUGCUUAUAAAAAUCCUGAAGGCUAUAAAUGAGGACAGCCCAACGGUUCCUACUCUGCUCACGGACUACAUUCUGAAAGUUUUAUGUCCGACGUAAAGUUAUCGCCGCCUCUGUUCUACUUUUGGAGGUAUACUACAAUCCUUGUCGAAGCACAUUUUCCCAAAUGUGCAUCUGCCGUAUGCUGUAUCUUAGCUAUCUCAGCAACAAGUAUUUAUUGUACACAAGUUCUGCGAUGUAUGAAAUGGAGUGAUCUGAAAAUGUGCAACAGGAGUGAUUAUUGAGAGGGGGAGCAAAAUUUUGCACUGUCCAAUCCAUUUUAUACAUUUCAGCAUGCACCUUCUUUUUACCUUCAAAUAAUUCUUGAUUAUGUGUAAUUUAGGCUCAGUGUUAUCAAGCAAACAGGCACUAGUAAAUUAAAGGCACAGGAACAAAACCUUAAAACCACAAGAGUUACCACAAAUACCAGUUCAGUUUAUUAGGUACUCUCAUAUGGCUUCCGACUAGAACUGGACCUGCUAGAUUUGUGAGCAACGUUUAUAAUUCAGCGGCAAAAUUUACACAAAAAAAUCUAUAUUUGACUUAUAAAGCACAAGAAACUUCAAAUUACAAAACACUCUGUGAUAAAUAAAGGGAGUGAUCACAUAUUACACUUGUGCCUGUUAGCAAUACACUUGGUAUACUGAUUUGCCCAGUUCCACUGCUAAACAUUACCUGUUCAUCAGCUUUAUGUAUUGACAGCAGCCAUUCCCCAUAUUUAUGUGUGUGCAUAUGUAUCUCCAAUCUUUAAUUAAAGCAUUAAUUAAAAAUGUAAAGUAAAUAUUAUGUAAAUGCUGUAUAUUACUCUAAAGAUGUCUAUAUAAAUAUAUAUAUUGGUUUCUGAGUGUUAGACACUGAACCUUAUAAUUUUUGUACAAAAUGCAAUGGUUGAUAUUUUUGUAUUUACAAUUUUAUUUAUUAUUUAAUUCCUACAUUGUUGCAGUUGUGCUGCUUCAGUUAGUUAGAAAUGCCUUGCUGUAUCACUUCCUUCACUGUAGUUAAUUAAAGUGUGAGUCAUUACAAAAUAUUACUUCAGAACCUGCUGUAAGAUUCAUUUACACAUGCUGUCUCUGAUUUUGGGAAGAAGCCUGAAAAGUUCAUAAUGAACAUGUUUAAAUGAUUUUUCAGGAGCUAAAAAUGCCAGCACUGCUUACCUUCUGCACUAUAUUUGGUCUUAAAUUUGCAAAUGAAACAGGAGGAAGAAGAGAAGUCAUGUUAAAGAUGAGUCAUCAGCUUUUUGGAAUGGUAUGAUGUAGAAGAGCCUGACUGCAAUAAUUAUGUUUGAGGAAGUUUAACUUUAGAAAAGGACUGUAGCAGUUGAGGCAGACAUUAAUAAGGGUUUAAAAUCAUCCAUAAAAGUUGCACAAGAUCGAAAAUUUUGAUGAUACUUUUGUUGGCAUUAAUUCAGUAUUCUGAGACAUUUGAAAGAAGCAUUCAGUGUGUAGUAUCAUAUCAAAAUGGAAAUCAGAGUGCACACAGUUUUCUCUUUUCUGCAACAGAGAAAGCCAUUUAAAAAAAAAAAAAAAAGGUCAGUAGCAUCAAACAUAUCCCAUAUUUCUGAACAAGUUUGCUGGUUGGAGCACUUUACUUGCCAAUAGCUAACAUUCUGUGGCAACAUUGUUUCAAUGUCCUAACAAAGUUUACUGACUGUGCAUUUUAUAAAAUUUUGAUAUUUUACCGCACAAGACCUGCUGCAUCAAAAGGGAAGGAAAAAAGAUCUACAUCACAGUUUAUUAGCAAAGUGUUAUAAUCUUCUCACAAAAACCAACUUGCUGCACCCACAAAAGUACCAUGAAAAGAAACCAGUGUUAAUGUGUCACAGGUAUUAAAUGAAAGGUAAGAUUACCGAGUAAGUCAGAGCACGUUCUUUUUCUGUGCACAAUUUUGAAUGGGAAGAGAAAUGCUUAUGCUACACUAAAGAAGAAGAAAAAAGGGAUUUUCAAAACCUUGGACAACUUAACCACUUCAUUUCUUUUUGUAGGUUAAUUAUUACUUGUGAAAGGGACAUUGUUCAUAGGGUAGUAAGUUCUGUAUUACCUGUUUUGAAAAUAUGUCAAGUGAUUGCAUCAGCCAAUAGUAAAUGUAAUGUCAAACACAAUGAGCUUUAUUUUUGUGUGUGUGCAUUGAAGUACACAAGAAAUGGCACAAGUCCUGCAGUGUGACAUACUGUGAGAUUGUACCAGUAGAGGAGUAAGAAUAGCUUAAUAUUACUGUAAAAUACUGAGAAAUAAAGAGGAAAACAAAUGUU